AUGAAUCAAAACCUGGCAUUUAAUAAGACGGUAACAGUGAGUCAGAAAUACAACAACAAGGACUUUGACCCCAGCCUCGCUGUGGAUGGUGACCACAGUACGGACCUCUUAAAGUGUUCACUAACUGCUUCCGGUCAGAAAGAGGCAUGGCUUACUGUGGACCUAGGGGAAGAAAAAAACAUUGCUGCUAUUGCCUUCGUACAUGGAGGCUCUUCUACUUUAUUUGCAAAUGGAAAUUAUGAAUGUGAUGGAAAUGAAGCAGUUUUACGCGAUUGUUCACAUAGCUCGAAGCAGUGUUUUUCAGGAAAAAGGACCUCUCUUACCUGUAAAGAGGGUGAUACGUUGGCGGGAAUAUCUGUAUGUGUAUCAGAAACACCGGACUGGAGAACAGGGACUCUGUGUUAUCAACACGACAUAGAACAACCACUGAAUAACACCAUUAAUUUGGAUUGUGUAACUUCCGGUCGCUACGUGACGCUAUUUAAUUCACGGAAUGAAACAUACUUUCCGGAUUUAUCUGCGUUUGCUUACAUUAAUAUUUGUGAAAUACAUAUCAUAGGUUGUGAUAUCGGAUAUUAUGGUGAAAAAUGCACAAAAUGUCCAGAUAACUGUUUAAAUGGGAAUUGCCAUAUUCAAAUCGGACAUUGUUUUGACUGUAAAGAUGGCUUCAAAGAUGACAGGUGUGAAAAAGAGUGUAACAAGGAAUGCCCUUGCACGCGUUAUGGACCAAACUGUAACGCUUCUUGUUAUAAACACUGUCAACAUAAAUUAUGCAAUCCUAUAAAUGGCUCCUGUUUAGAGUGUAUUAAAUCUCGCUCUGGUGAUUUUUGUGAAAUUGAACUACCUGCUGAAGCAACAUUUGAUACAGUAUCACUCUUUAUCGCAGCAACUACUGUUUUGUUAAUAUUAGUGGUUGUAUUUACAUUAUACACUUUGAAACGGAAAUGUAUGUCUUCAAGACAAGCGUUAGCACGAGAUUACGACGCUUCGGAAGUUAAACCAACUGACAGUAAAUAUGACACACUUCAAGAAGCAGACAGAGUUGGAACAGAUACAGCAGCAGAGUACAUGGAGAUAACAGUUAUUACUGGCUGA